AUGGACGACGUGUGUAAGCCCUCCUCCACAGAAAGGACGCUGCUCUUGGAGAAGGAGCUGGCGGCAAGGCUGGGCGAACUGAAGUCUGAGUUGGAAGAACAGGGGUUCCUUCCAGGAACAGCCAACCGAGUCUUCAGCUCCGUUCAAAUACCAAAGGAUGUUGCUCACUUUCGAUGUGAACGGGAAACAGCUCUGAAGAGAACCCUGCAGGUGGCCGAGUCCAAGCCCCUUGUUAUUCAGGCAGAUGUCCUGAAGAGGGAGCUAGAGAGCUGUCUAAGGAGAGAGUACACGCCGGAAAACCUUCCUCUGCUUCUGUUGCAGUAUUACACAGGGAGAAUUACCCAGCUGGGCCAGAGUAAAUAUUUGCACAUGCUGAGGUGGAAGAGGCUGUGUCAGACCAGUAAGACCAUGGAAGAACUCUACCCUCUCUAUAAGAAACAAGUCGACUACAUCAUGCAGGAGUUCAAUGACUCAGUUCAGAGAGCAGAAAGACUGUCGGUUGCUCGAGAAAACUUCCUUAUGGGAAAAACCAACCGUCCCGACUUCGUGACUCCAGAGGACCUGAUGAUUUACACCAGGUGGUUAGUGUGCCACCUGCACACUCUUGGGACCGUUCACCACUACCUGCAGGCCCUCCAGUAUCUGCCCAUCUCCAAAAUGCUGAGUCUAGCUGAUAAGCAAGCCUCUGGAUUGAAUGUGGAAAAUGGAGAAGUCUAUGUCGCCGACCUUAGGGCUGCAUUCCCUGGUCCUCUGGGCCCCAGGGUUUCAGGGCCAGGGAGAACAGACUCUGUGUUUGUCUUGCCACAGCACGUGACAGACAGGGAUGAUCUCAAACCUCAGCUGGGGCUCCUGCUCUCACAUUUCCACAUCCCGGGUGACGUGCAAAAGUUGAGCGACUCAGCCAAAGAGAUGGAGCUCUUCUCCUCGGUUUCUCAAAACUUCCAAAGCAUCUUCAUGGAGCAGCAAAGGAUGUGGACAUUCCCAGACUACGAGGCCGGGAGAGGUAAAGUGCAGAAUCCGGCUAUGUCAGGACCCGCAUCCACCCUGAAGAAGAGAGCCACCUGGACUCCCUUCGUGAAGGUCAAGCCAAAAUGUGACCCUUGGCAGAAGAAGAUGUUGAUCAGACUCAAAGAACGGAACAGAAUAGAUGAGCUAAUGCGCCUCCAGUCAAAGUUUCUGAAGAUUUCUGACCCCAUCCGAGUCAUGCAAGUUCUCCAGGAUCACGCUGCCAAGACAGUGCCUACGGCUCCACAUCGGUCAUCUCUCCCGACUUCUCAGGCUCCGCCUCCGCGCAACUAUGACCAAGUCUGGCAGAAUAUUUAUAGCAACCCCAAGCUCUAUCAGGCAGAAAAUGUGAAGGAAGACAGCCUUUCGGUGGAGCCAAGCUAUGAUGACCCUGCAAACCCACGUCUCAGCCAAAGUUCUGAUGGGUCUCUGAAGCAGAGACCAGAGACAGGAUACAGUUAUGCCGUGGCCCUGCAACUGCUGGGUUUGAGCGACGGGACUGAGCCCGACAGGAAUCCGGUCCUGAUGAGAGGGGCCUACUUAUCCUUCCUGUGUUUGCGCCACCUGCACAUCCGGGAGCUACAGCGCAUCUGCUUGGGAGUUCUUAACUUCUUCAGAUCUGUUGAACGAACUUUAACAAUGAAUACUUCAGGCCUUACCUCCGUUUCAGGGACCCUGGUCCCCACUCUGGGAGAUAGUUCUUGGGUAAAUGUGUCAAAAGGAGGCGUGGGCACCUUGCAAGGCCUAGGAGCACACCACUAUGUCCACGGGACACCUGCUGAGCACACGGUCCACAGCAUCCAAUUCCUAGAGUUCUCAGAAGCCGAGAACCAGGAUGACUUCCACACCACACACGCUGGCUGCAUCCACACCCAGGACCAGCUCGGCGCGUACGUCAUGUAUGACAGCGCCCUGCAGGAUUGGAAGGAACUGGAGUCAGAGCUGCUGCUCAUUGCCAGCCAUUACAUUGAGAAAGAAAAAAGUCACAGAGAGGACUGCAGAUCAGAGGGCAGCCAGCUCCGGGGCUGGGCCCACGCAAACGUGGACAGAUUUGCUGUGCUGAAUGACCUGUGGACCUGCGAAGCAAAUUUUCUGGAAAGCAAACGCCAGCUUCUUGAUAGUUACUUGGAAGCCUACCAACACACCUUGGACCCCGAGGAACGGUUUGCGUUAGCACAAGCAAUGACUGACAUUAUGCACCGACGCCCCAAGUUUGAUCUCAGCCACCCGUAUUUCACUAAGGCCUACCAAGAUGAUUGUACCUGCCUGAGGCUUCAUCUGCAGCUAGUGAGGGGCAUCUGCAGCCACCACCUGGAGCAGCAGCGGGAUUACAUCCAGAGGCUCUGGCGAGGGCGUUAUCCCGAGGCUCACAAGACAUUCGGACUUCCCCUGAACAUAAUUUGCAAGCAAUUUGUUUCCAUCAACGACAGCUGCCCAGCUUCAGAGGACACCCACCUGUUUGAGUCCCACCCUUCCCUUGGCCUGACUGGACUCAUCCCCAAAGCUCUGGAGCACCUGUUGCGGCAGGCUCGCCACGCCCACAAGCGUGCAUCGCCCAGCAAGCUCGCCCAGAUGGAGAUACAUAUCUUGCAGCUUGCCCUGGACCUGUGGCUGACCCCAGCCAAGCCUGAGGCCUGGUACAGCACUCAACUCCAGAGAGAUCUCUUUUCAGCUAAAGUGAUGGGUGAUCCCUUUCUCGUGGAGGAGGUGGGCCUGCUGGCGCUCGGGUCCACGGCGGACAAAGGACAGAAACAAGGCCAAGAGUUCCACACGCUGCUCCUGGACACGGUUUCCAAACUUCUGGAACUCCUGACCCUCCGUCACCGGCUGAUAGAAACGAGCGUGGAGAGUGCAUACUUGGCUGGGCUAUAUAAAGAAUUGGCACAGGAGAUGGGUUUUGAAGAAUCCCAUUUGCAUCUGAGGCCGGUUCCCUUUGAGUUUGUAUCACACAAGGAUAAGGUGGACCCAUCCCCUCCUGUCUUUAUAACUUCUCUGUUGGAGGACAGCAGUCGGGUGGAUAGAUACUGCCCCGCCUCCCUGGUCCUAGCUAUCUCUGAGCUGGAUGGCGACCAAAUUGGCAAAUUCAGUUUUUACACAAAAGAAGCCAUCCUCAAGCUCUUGGUCCAUUCAGGAGUGGAAAAUAUGCAAGUGACCCUCGCAUGCCAAACUGCUCAGAAAAAUGCUUUGAUGGUGGCCGUUCAACAGGCGUUCUUUUACCGCAUCCCUGGAGCGGACAGCCCUGUUGAUACCAAGGAAACAAGUUCAGACCAGAGACAUCAUGGUGGAAUGAGUCCAAGCAGAAGAGAUUCCAAAACCACGAAUGGCAAAGAACAUUUCCUGUUAGCCCCGACUCUGCGAGCCCCAGACACCUUUACUCAUUCUUCAGAAGGAUUUAAGACUUCCAAGAGGGCUCCAGAGGCCUUCGUGUCCAUUCAACUAGAAAAGGCGGGCUUGCGGGACCUGAUGCUGAACACCUUUCUGCACAAGAAGCAGACAAUGAGGGACCAGAUAAAGAGCCCUGAUGAUGUUGAAAAAGUGAAGAAGGAACUAAUAGUUGAAUAUUGCCAAAAGUUGACCCGCCGCAUGUCUCAUUAUUCCCUUCGGGGUCAGAUCAUGGCCUACUGCAAUAGCCUACGACUUCUGCUAGAUGACUGUCCUGCCAUCAGAGACACCUUCUUCAUGGUGGGACAACCGAAUGAAAAGAAGGGAUUGAAGGACUCCAGUGGAGAAUUCAAGGCAGACCCGAGCAGGAGUUUUCAACCUCGGCCUAGAAGUUUGCUGUCUGCUGAUGGAAGAGUUUUUCUCAAUUUAUGGUUCAUUCCCCAUCCAUCUGAAGUGCUAUUUAUGUUCAAAACUCUGCCGGAAGAGGAAGCUUUAGGAGCCCUAAAACUGACUCUGCAGCUCGUAGCUUCUCUCCAUGACAUUGUGGCCUACACUUUCGGUUUUGCCAAACUUGGCAAUUGCCCAGCCUACUUCGACCUUCCUCUAAGUCCAAACCCUCCGAGGAGGGACUGGGGAGGAGCAGAGGGCAUUGGGACUGAACUUCAAGAGCUGCAGAAAAUGAUUGACAGGCUCCAGAGCCCCCAGGACCCGGGCCAGGUGGCCCAGGCCCUCCUCCUGCGCAGGGAGGUGAUCUUGCUGCAAUUCGAUGCAGCUGUGAGACAUCUCCUCCGAACAUUUUUGGCAGCGGGAAAUGUUCCCGCCUACCAGUCUGUCGCCGACAGUGCAUGCUGUGGUUUGCCACCACUUGGCAACUCUCUCAGGAAGAGCAUCUUUUCCUCACAGCUUAGCCUGCCCCAGCCGCUGGAUCCUCAGAGCCUACAGGCGAUCAUGCUGUUCCCAUGGAGGACAUUCCUGGAAGAUGGUGGACCAUUUCCAGUUGUAAGCAGCAUCCCGGACACCCUAGAGUAUGAUAUGCAGAUGUGUCUCUGUGGGCUAAGUGACCGUGACCGCAAAGUAGCCCAUGGAGAGCUGGUGGGUGUGCAGAUGCUAAUGGAAGAUGUGCUUCUGGGUAGCUGUCACAUGAUCAGGAAGGCUUCUACUGAACAGCAAACUGCGCUGGAUGGCACACAGCCAGACUGGUCUAAACUGCCAGGACUCUGCCCAAAUCAACUGGAAAGUCACCCAAAGGCCUCUGCUUUGCUGGAGGACCCAUGUGAUGUCGUGAUGUCCCUGGCUCUGCUGAAAACCUUCCUCAUCUUGUGGAAGCAGCUAGAGGGGCUGAAGGAACACUGGGGCCGACUCAGGCUCCCAGGGCAGAACAUCAACUCUGCCCAGCUACACAGGCGGCUCUCGGAGCUCUAUGAAGCUGAGAUUUUCUACCCCAGCAUGAAAGCUCUAGCCAGGCAGAUGGGCAAAGAAGAUGAAUUUGAAGAACAGAUAAUAAGAAGCCAAUCUAUCCUUCCUCCAAAGGGAGCCUCAGAAAUUGAAAUAAAAACUCAACAGCUUCAGAAACUUCUGGAAAGUUUAGAAAUUCACAUGAUCCAAGAAGUAUUGAGAAAAGUUAAUAGAGAGAUGACACUGUUUCUAUCAGAAAAGUCCAAGGAGGAGUCUACCCUCCCAACAGAUCUUUGGAAACACCAAGUCAUGAAAGAAAACUUUUCUGUUGUGAGACCCCAGAUAGUUGAGAGAUUUGUACAGAGACUAAUGGAGAAUUCCCGAGAUGACGGACCUGAGAUCACUUUCCGGAGGGAGCACCUUCAAGCCUGCCUCCUCUCCUUGGGCUGUGACAUGAUGGCAAGAGAACGCAGCAACUUUGAGACCUACUCCAUGUGUUAUGAGCAUAUCCUGCAGCAUGCCAGGCAGAAGCUAAGCCAGAAGGAGCAGGAGGUAGACUUGCUACGAAGAAGUCAAGUUCCUUCUGAAGACUGUGCUGGUCAGAUUGCAGAGCUCAGUCAUGACAUGAUCAUGGAAAUCACCGCUCUGAGGGCUCAGCUCACAGACCUGGAAGAGGAGAAUCUGAAUCUGAAAGUCCAGAUUAGAAAAGAGGUCCAGGAAGAGUACGGAGAAUUAGUGCAGGCGUUGUUUAUGACCUGCUUACACAUAAAGGAGAAGCUGGAUGAGAAUCAGCUUAAUUUGAUCCAGAAAGUGUGUGAGCUCAUCGGGGAAGUGAGAGCCGACGGGAUUGCCAACGUGAAACAGCUAAAGAAAACCUGGGGCUCUGCCAGGCCUGAGGGAGAAAGGAAAGAGGACGCAGCCCAAGAGCAGCUGUGUGCCUUGGAGCAGGACAGCAGCAACACCCUGGCUGCUCUCCUGUGCAAAGCGCGGAGCCUGGGCCGCUGGCGGCUGGCUGUGCAGCAGGCACACCUCAGAGGUCAGCUGAGCAGGGCAGAGAAGGAAUCGGUUCACAGUAAAAAGGAGUGUCUGAGAAUCAAGCUAAUGGCGGAGCAAGAAGUGGCAUUACUUCAUCAAGAGCUCCUGGCGGCAAGGCAAGCCCUGGCCAAAGCUCAGACUGACAACAGGAAGCUGUGGUGGCAGCAUGAUACCCAGGCUCAACUGCUGAGAGAGUUGGAACACAGAGUGACUCAAGACUCUGUCACGCGGCAGCAGCUGGAUGUCAUAAAAACAUCUGGCAUGGAGACGCUCCUAAAAGACUUGGAGCAAACAGAGCAAAAACUGCAACUCCUGACAGAAGAGGCCGAGCGGGCUUCGAAACGAGGCCAGCUGCAGCAGAAGAAGAUGGACAGAGAACUGAAGCAGGUGAGGAGCAGGCUCGCUCAGGAGCGCAGUGUGAAGCUGGAGGCCUUCCAGCGAGUGCAGGAGCUACAGAGUCAGCUUCAGGGCACCGAGCCGCCCUCUGCCCAGACGGGCUCCUCAGUCGGGCUCAGAUCCCAGACCCACUGCUUCCUAAAUUCUGCUUCGACUUCAUCCAGAUUCUCUCAUCAUCAUUUUUCAAAGACUCCUUUUAUGGGCAGUAAAAUGACAAGAAGGAUUCAAAGACCAAAGACUGUACCAGUUAGGCACAUCAGAAGAACCGAUGAUGGUUCCCUAGCCAGUGUGGCAGAAAAUGCUCAACUUACAACUUUUCAAGCCCAAAGAGCUCCAUCUGGGAUUUCUUUCAGACCUGAAAGCUCUUCCUCCUGGUGUGUAGCAGCCGAUCGGAUCCUGAAGGACUGAGGUGAGCUCAUCUUGAGCGUCCCUCCGUCAUGAAGCUUUGGUCCCAGAUCUGAAAGCAUUCAGGCUUUGCUUUGCACUCUACAGCUGUUCUGGCUCCUGGCUGCCCAGCAGUCUCUCAGUUUGAGUUUUGAGUAACAAGGCAGGUAGGCCAGGCCAUGACAAUGGGCCUUGAUGCUGAGCAGUCUUUACUAAGAAGUGAAGACCCAGGACUGGAAAGCCGGUGCAUCCGUUACGAGUGCUGGUUCCUCCGAGAACCCCCAUGCAGUCCCAGCUCCUACCUGUAACUCUAGUUCCAGGGGAUCUGAUGUUCUCCUCCGGCCUCUGUGGAUACUGGGCAUGCAUGUGAUAUACAUACAUAAAUGCAAGCAAGCAUACA